CCUAUGCCUAUACCUAAACAAUCCAUAUUCUUAGCUACCAAUAUUCUAUUUUCUACACUAUUUUUCAUUAUGAAAAUGUAAGGAAUGAAGCAUUAUUGCAAAAUAUGAUGCGAAACUUCUCUCAAAAUUUUGCAUCAAGACAAUGUACAUUAAUCUACGUGUCCGUGUAUCAACCAAAGCCAUGUUGGUCAAAACCAAACGGUCAAAAGGCACAUGAUGGUCAAGUAACCGGCUAAACCCACAAUCGACCGAGAGCUGCAGAUCAAAAAAAAUUAUCAAAAGAAAAUAUCAAAUAUCAAAUAUGCGACUUUCCAAAAUGUAAUUUGAGAAAGACCAAUGUUUACCAUCCAUGUCCAUGUAGAUAGAUGUAAGGCUCUCCUAUAUUUUAGAACACCAUGAAUUUCUCUCACAAACUCAUCUUCCUUGUUCCUUUUCCUUCUCCAAAUGCCCUUAUCCCCACUUCUUCUUCUCCUACCGAAUUCCUUGCGAUGGCGGAUUAUCAAACUCAACUUCUUCUCCUUCGCCACUUUCAACAAAAUCAAACCAUAUUUAUCAACCACCGAUUCAUAAUCAAAUGCACAGUCCUAACGAAGACCUCGAAGGCGGUCGCCGCCGUCGAAAUUCACCCUCCUGUUGGACUCUGUUCUAUGCUUGGGUCUCCUUCCUCAUCUGGACUAUCGUAAUCUUCUCUCUAAUAUUCGGAAUCGCCUUCUUCGCUUUCGUCAGAUCUAAUCUCCCCGACGUCAAAGUCCAUAGGCUUGAUGUUUACAAGCUUGAUGUGAUUCAACCGAAGAACAAAAACAAGGAUACGCAAUUGGCGAUUGAUGUUGAGCUCUUUGUUAAUGUGACCAACAACAACAAGAAGGUGACGUUAGUGUAUGAUGGAAUGCAUGUGGAGACGAAGAUCGAAGGAUUCUCGUUACCGAAAGUUCAUUUGGAGGGAUUCAGGCAGAAUCCGCAGACAUCGCAGGAUUUGAAGAUCCAUCCGCGGGAGCUGAGAUCGAAGGUGAAUGAUGAUGAUGAUGCUACAGAGUUGAAAUUCAGCGCUAAACAACAUGAAAUGGUGUUGAAUUUAAAGAUGAGAGGGAAAAUUGAGUUCUGGUUUAAUGGGAGGAUGGUGAGUAAGUUAGGCCUCAAGGUAUCGUGCAAUAGUAUUGAACAGUCUCUGAUCGAUCAAGCCCUUGCACAUAAUUGCCAUGUCAAAUUAAAUUAUUUCAGUUGAUAAAUGUAUUCGGAGAAGUUGUAUAUGGAAGUGAUGAGGGUCUCAGAUGGAGCCCUGCAAUGCUAGACAGUUGGAAUUAUUGGAGGUGACGAAUAAUUAUGUAUGCUAUUUGUUGUUCAUAAAUCAUCUGAAAAAAGAGAGGGUGUCUAAUUCUUUAAAUUGUGUUCACUGAGGGAUUUGUCAUGAUGAAAAACUAAACAAAUAAUGUACUAUAUCACUUGAAAAUACAUUGUGCAAACAAUGUAUAUUGUUUUAUUGAACAAAUCAUUUGAUA